UACGAAACACUUUCAUAUAAAAGGUAAAAUCAAAUGCAAUAAUCAUUACAACGAGUCUAACGAUACAAAAACGUUCAUUCAUUGCAUUCAAAGUUUUUCAAUACAUUAGAAAAGUCGGCGAUUUAUUCAUUAAUUUCAUACAAUUGUCCACUCAUUUGUCAAUUGCGGCCACUUUUAUACCCGAUUACCGACACUAACACUACAUUAUAAUGCAGUCGACAGGAACUGUAGGCGAAGGUAUGCCUACUUUCAAGUGUGUAUUGGUUGGCGACGGCGGCACCGGUAAGACUACGUUCGUGAAGAGACAUCUGACCGGAGAGUUCGAGAAGAAAUAUAUCGCCACACUCGGAGUAGAAGUACAUCCACUCGUGUUUUACACAAAUCGCGGUCCGAUUCGGUUCAACGUGUGGGACACCGCCGGUCAGGAGAAGUUCGGCGGCUUAAGGGAUGGCUAUUAUAUUCAGGGCCAGUGCGCGAUCGUAAUGUUUGACGUGACCUCUCGGGUGACGUACAAGAAUGUGCCGAAUUGGCACAGAGACCUGGUCCGGGUGUGCGAACACGUGCCCAUUGUUUUGUGCGGCAAUAAAGUGGACGUCAAGGAUAGGAAAGUGAAGGCAAAGGCUAUUGUGUUUCACCGCAAGAAGAAUCUACAGUACUACGACAUUAGCGCCAAAAGUAAUUACAACUUCGAGAAGCCGUUCCUAUGGUUGGCCCGAAAGCUGAUCGGAGACCCGAACCUGGAGUUAGUGGCGGAACCACUGUUGGCGCCGCCGGAGGUCGUCAUCACUGCCGAGUGGCAGAAGAAACUCGAGGCAAACCUGAUUGAGGCCGAGAGGGCACCGCUUCCUGACGAUGAGUUCGAUGAAGACCUUUAAUACCACAAUAAUUGUGUUUUUAUACAUUCUUUAAACUUAUUAUUAUCCAUAUUAUAAUAUAUUACAUGAUUAACUAAUACAACCAUUUUUAAAAAUAAUAAUAAUGUAAUAAUCAAUAUUAUGUUAUAAUUUAUGAUUUAUAAGUAACUUUAUUUCUUUAAUUU